AUGACGACGCAAGGAAGAAUGCUAUUCAACGCAGACUGGACUGUGUUUGUCUACGAGGAUCGGAAAUACGAGACCCAUCGCAAGAAUUACAAGGAAAUGGUACAAUGGGUGCUCGACAACGUGUCAACUCAUUACAAGGACACAGUCUGCCGACCAACCAAGCUGCUUGACGCGUGGUAUACAGACCUGAAAGAAAUCGCAAGUGUUAGCGUGGCACAACUCAAGCCUGCAGCUCGAGACCGAUAUCGAGAAGCAGUCAAGCCACUUAACAAGCUACCCAGGGAUUUGGCUGCAUGGAUCAACAACUAG